AUGGCCUCGUUUGUCUUAUUCGGUGUCGGCUUCGUAGCCUACCUCCUCAUCGUCUGCAUCUAUCGACUGUACUUCCACCCGUUGAGCCACAUCCCCGGCCCCAGACUGGCGGCCAUCACCCACGGCUACGAGUUCUACUACGAUGUCAUCAAGAAGGGCACCCUCAUCUGGGAGAUCCAGCGACUCCAUGAGAUCUACGGCCCCAUCAUCCGCAUCAACCCCCGCGAGGUGCACAUCUUGGAUCCCGAGUACUACGAGGAGAUCUACGCAUCCAGCGCCCGGAGACGCCACAAGGACCCGGUCUUCCAGUCCCAGUUCAACGUGAUGAUGUCGUCCAUCUCCGCCAUCGAGGCCGAAACCCACCGCCAGCGCCGAUCCAUCUUUGACCGUUCCUUUUCCAAGCGCGCCAUUCAGAACAUCGAGGACUUUAUCCGCGGCCACAUUGACAAGCUUGUGUAUCGUUUUGAAGAGGCGCAGCGGGGUGGCGACGUCGUCCGACUGGAUACUGCGUUUGCUGCUCUGGCCUCGGAUCUCAUCCACGAGUACCUGUACGGCUACAACCCAGGGAACCUCGACCAGGAGGGCUUCAACGGCCAUGUCCGGGAUGGAAUCAAUGGACUCUUCCACGGCGCCCACCUGCUGUACUUCUUCCCGGCUCUGCACAUCAUCAUGGAUUCGUUGCCGCUCAGGCUGUGGGAGAAGCUGAGUCCACCGGUCUUUGCGCUGCUGAGCGAGAAGCACGAUCUGUACCGGCGAGGUGUUGAAGCACUGAAAGUGGCAGAUGUGCCCAGCGACAAGACGCCCGGCAAGCUGAUCCGCCACCUUACUGCCAGUUCGGUGCCAGCAGACCUGCGGGCUCCCGAUCGCGUGAUGCACGAAGGGUUCGCCAUCAUUGUCGGCGCCGUGGAGACGCAGACACGACCGCUGGCGGUGGCUGCCUGGCACAUCUACAACAGGGACGAUAUCCGAUCCAAGCUCCGUACCGAGUUGAAGACCAUCAUGCCCACGCCAGAUGCUCGACCUACCUGGACGGAGCUGGAGCAGUUGCCAUACCUCAGCAACGUCGUCAAUGAGUCCCUCCGUCUAGCGACGGGCAUUGCGGGCAGGUCCCCUCGCGUCGCUCCGAACGAAGCCCUGGUGUACAAGGGGAUAACCAUUCCGCCGGGGACGGUCAUGAGCCACAUCAACUACUUUGUGCUUAUGGACCCCGAGAUCUUCCCCAAUCCACACGAAUUCGACCCCGAUCGAUGGGCUCGAGCUGCCGCCAAAGGCGCCCGACUAGACAAGUACCUGGUGACCUUUGGCAAAGGAAGCAGGAUGUGUGUGGGACAGAACCUGGCUUAUGCUGAGAUGUUCCUGAUCAUCGCCACGCUGGUCCGUAAGUUCGACAUCGAGCUCUAUGAGACCCCAAAAGCCAACAUCGAGUUUGCUCGCGACUUUGGGACUCCGUUGCCCGAGGAAGGAGAAUUGAAUGUACGCGCAAAGAUCACGCGGAUCAUCACCGAGUAG